AUGGCCAACCAAUCUGCAGUGAUAGAGUUCCUUCUGAUGGGAUUUUCUAAUGACCGCCGCAUGCAGAUUUUGCAUUUUGUGAUGUUCCUCUUCAUUUACUUGAUAGCUGUAGCUGGAAAUUUCCUGGUCAUCAUAGCUGUGGCCCUGGAUCACCACCUUCACACCCCAAUGUACUUCUUCCUGGUCCACUUAUCAGUUCUAGAUGUCUGCAACAUCUCCACCACAGUCCCCAAAUCCAUUAGCAAUUCAUUGAUGAACAACAAACGGAUUUCUCUGGCUGGGUGUGUCACACAGAUAUUUUUAGUGGUCACAUCUGUUGGUGGGGAGCUUGCCAUGCUCACCAUUAUGGCUUAUGACCGUUAUGUUGCCAUCUGCCAUCCGCUGCAAUACAGCCUAAUCAUGAACAGAAAUGCCUGCAUCAAAAUGGCAGCAGCUUCCUGGAUAAGCAACGUCAUCCAUGGAGUGCUGGAAACCAGCUUAACUUUCACACUAAACUUCUGUGGGGCCAAUACGAUUGGGCAGUUUUUCUGUGAUAUCCCUCAGUUACAAAAGAUUUCUUGCACUGACACAAAAGCCAAUGAGCUUGUCAUUUUGGUCCUUGGGUUCAUUUUGGAUUCAUUCGUGUUUGUGUUUAUUUUUGUUUCCUAUGGAUUUAUCUUAUCAGCAGUCCUGAAAAUUCCAUCAGUCCAUGGAAGACACAAAGCUUUCUCCACCUGCACUCCCCAUCUGGCAGUCUUCUUUAUAUUUAUCAUCACAGGUGUGUUCUCAUACAUGAGACCUAAAGCCCUUUCCUCCCCUGCUCUGGACUUGGUGUCUGCAGUUCUGUAUGCAGUUUUGCCCCCAGUUCUGAAUCCCGUCAUCUAUAGCUUCAGGAACAAAGACAUCCAAAGGGCUGUGUGGAAAAUCCUUCAAAUAACCAAAAAUCUCAUAGCAUGA